CCCCAAAAGUACCUAAAUCUUAUGGCUAUACAAAUAUCCACGCUUUGUUUUGCCCAUGGUUUUGCGUGAACCGGCCGGUUCAUCCUUAAACCCUGUCCAAGAUUUAACGUGGGCAAGCCAAAACCCAAGAACGCAGCAACACAAAAUUUGUAGCAAUUUUGAUAGAGAAAAUUGAAACCCCAAAAAAGGACAAUGUUAGAAAGCAGAUUGAUUACAUUUCUAAGGCGAAAUAAAGAUUUGGGUCAUAAAAUUUCAUCAAAUCUUGGAAAAUGGGGUUUUACAGAAACCAAGAUUUCAAAUGAAGCUUCAUUUUCGAUAUUGAACCAGAAAAGGUGUUUAUAUUCUAGCAGAAAUAUAAUUAGAAGAACAUUUGUUAACUAUGGUUUAAGAUCCUUUCAUCAACUUAAUCACAAGGGUGUGCAUAGAACAUCUUUCAGAAAAAUUUCCACGGUGGCAGCAGCUUCUGUAGCUGAAAACAAGGAGGGAUUGAAGUUCCUUGUAACUGCUGGACCCCAUGCCCGGAAAGCGGUUGGCAUAUGGCUCUUUGCCUCUGCUGCUUGGGUCUUCAGUAUGGUUGUGCUUGGUGGUGUAACACGGUUGACACGUUCCGGUCUUUCAAUGACAGACUGGAAAUUCACCGGGAGCCUUCCUCCUCUAACAGAUGAAGAUUGGUUGGUUGAAUUUGAGAAGUACAAGCAAUCCCCAGAAUACAAACGUGUGAACAAGGGGAUGAACAUUGAGGAUUUCAAGUUUAUAUAUUGGAUGGAAUAUGCACACAGAAUGUGGGGAAGGGGUCUUGGUAUAAUGUUUGCACUUCCAUUCUCAUAUUUUCUCCGUAAAGGAUAUAUAACAGUAAGACUUGGACUUAGACUCUCUGGACUCUUUGCUCUUGGUGCUGGACAGGGGCUCAUAGGUUGGUGGAUGGUGAAAAGUGGUUUAGAGGAGCCAGCAUCAGAGUAUGUUGAACCAAGAGUAAGCCCUUACCGCCUUUCAGCUCAUCUUACCUCCGCGUUUGCUAUUUAUUGUGGACUUUUCUGGACGGCUCUUUCUGUUGUUAUGCCUGAACCUCCAGCUGAAUCACUUGCCUGUGUUCGUGGGGCCGCAAAAGUUAAGCGGCUUGCAAUUCCCGUGGGCAUCCUUGUUGGAAUUACUGCUAUCUCUGGAGCUUUUGUUGCUGGAAAUGACGCUGGACGGGCAUUUAAUACUUUUCCAAAGAUGGGAGAUAAAUGGAUUCCAGAUGAUAUCUUUAGUAUGAAACCUCUUAUCCGCAACUUUUUUGAGAAUACAUCAACAGUUCAGCUUGAUCAUCGUAUACUCGCCACUGCUACUUUAGCUGCAAUAGGCGGAUUAUGGUUGUCAACCAGAAAGGUGGAUAUGCAUCCUGCAGUACGACAUUUAAUUGGAAGCACCAUGGGCAUGGCUGCUCUGCAGGUUACAUUGGGCAUAUCUACUCUUCUUUCCUACGUCCCAGUUUCUCUAGGAACUGCUCAUCAGGCAGGAGCAUUGACUCUUUUAACAUUCAUGAUCCUGCUCAAUCACACUGUCCGGCGACCUUCCCCAUCACUUCUGAAGGCAUUACCUACAGUCGCGAAAAUGGUCUGACAUUAUUGAUACCGUAACUUCUUAUAGAACAUUGACAUUGUUAGGCAUUUUAAGUUAUACCGUUUGCGACCCUUGCAGAAUCAGAAAAAUGCAUCUUUUUCUUCCCCUUUUGUUUUCAUAUGUUCUUGGAAAUUUAGAAUGAUUAAUCUUGCAAAGAAUCUGCAAUCUUGUACUUUUGUCUCUGCUCAUUCAAUGACUCUUUAGAAAAUCAACAGCGAUCAACUUUAAGUGGGGAAAGAAAAAUUCUUCUUGUUGAAUAAGUACUACUCCAGUUGUAUACAAAGAUAAAAGUUCAUUGAAA